AUGUUCCUCCGCCCAUACCUAGCAACCGUCCGCUCUCAGACUCGACUCAUCCCACACACCAUCCACUUACGACCCUUCAGCUCUACAACUACAUUCAAGAUGCGCGUCCCCUACGCCCCAAGCGAGCCCCCAAAUGAAGAAGCCCGCCCAGUCUACGAGCGCAUCGCCGAGCGACGAAAGCCGCGCCCCCUCAUCCCACUCGACCUUGCGCUCCUACAUAACCCCGCGGUAGCAGACGGCUGGAACUCAUUCAUCGGCGCAAUCCGCACGCAAACCAGCUUACCAGCCAAUCUCAAAGAGCUAGCCAUAAGCCGCAUCGCAGUACUAAACCACGCAGUCCACGAGUGGGACGUGCAUGCCGCUCUAGCAUUGAAAGCAGGCGUAUCCAAAGAAGUACUUCAGACUAUCUUUGAUUUACCUGUUACAAAACAUGGGAUGGUGGAGAGGGAGGGGCUGUUGGGGUUCAGUAAGGAGGAGUAUGCGGUUAUGGUUUAUACGGAUCAGAUGACUGUGGGUGUGCAGGUGGAAGAUAUGGUUGCGGAGAUGGUCAAGGGCGUGUUGGAGGAUACCAUGGUUGUGGAGUUGACGGCGACGGUUGCGGCGUAUAAUGCUGUGAGUAGGUUUCUGGUCGCGCUGGAUGUGGGGGAGUGUAAUGACAGGGCGAUGAAGCGUGUCAAGGACCUUUGA